AUGUACAACACCACAAUAUUCACAGAGCAGUACCACUCCGCUCAUGGAAAUGUAAUACCACAGAACACCAAGGUACUUGGUCAACUCAGUUUCUCAUGUGACACGACACUCAACGAUAUCUGUAUACCCGAUCAUGUUUCAAGCAUUCAAAGUUACUGUUUCAGUCAUUGCGUUCUACUCUCUUCAGUCACUUUUAAUUCAAAAGAAAUUACUUCGAUACCACGAGGGUGCUUCUUGGGAUGUGAAAACUUGUCGAAUAUAGUGUUACCAGAAGGUGUCACGGAAUUACAGGAUGAAUGCUUCUUUGGGUGUAAGUCACUCAAGAAAAUAGUGUUGCCGUCGACUGUUGUGUCGAUUGGGAAAUACUCGUUUUCCGAGUGUGACCAACUCACAUCUAUCGAAAUACCAAGCAACGUCAAAAACUUGGACCUUUUGUUCAAAGAUAAUUGUUUUGAGGAGUGCCCUAUUGAAGAGGGGAUAACUCCUAAAAGUUCCAAAAAGGAAAAGAACAAGAAAAAGGGGAAGUUGUGUGGGGCGACGUGCUGUAUUGUAUAA